UAUUUACUUAAUCGAUAGAGAACGAAAUAACAAGCAAAAAACAUCAUGUUAUCCCACUAACGAUAUGAUAUGAUGUAAGGAGUUGUUUUUUCUUUAUCGUGGUUUCAAUUAUCCAACAGACUGUUAUCAUCAUCAUCAUCAUCAUCAUCGAUAUUUUCUCAUCGAUAAAGUGACAAUUCAACUCAAAAAAUUAUUUAACCGGAAGUAUGUAAUGAUUAUGUUGUGUGGAAAAGAGAAAAAGAAUACAGCUAAAAUCGGUUCUAAUUAUAGAGUAUGAUUGAGAAUAAAACUUCUAAACAUAUCAAUACUACUACUACUACUACUACUACUACUACUAUUGCUAGUACUAUUCACAACAAUCAGAAUAUUACAAAUUAUAACAAUUCAUCAAAUUGUGAAAUGUUAUCAUCGGUCAAUAAUAAAUUUAUUGAAUUACCAUUGAUUGCAUCGUAUAGUAAUGCAUUUUUAGAAACAAUUGCUGAAGAGACAAGUGAAUUAGAAACAUCUGAAAAUGGAACAUUUAAUAAUGAAUUAUUUGAUACAGAUCAAAUAAGUUUUUGUACUGAUACAGAAUUGAAAGUAUGUGAAAAUGAUUUUCCGACAAAUCAUCAUAAUCAUCAUCAUUUAUCUGUAAUGAUAGGCGAUAAUGAUGAACAUCAUUGUAUAAAUAGUGAUUUUGGAAAUUAUCUACCAACAGUAACUAAUUCAUCUUUGCUGAAUCAAUACAAACAACAUGAUGAACUUUCAUCGGAUAAUAAUAAUAAUAAUAAUAAUAAUAAUAAUAAUAAUCCUAAUAAUAAUGCCAUGAAGAUUAAUGACGGUCAUCAACAACUAUGUGAUUUUUGGACUAUUAAUCUACCUGUUACAUUAGAGAGUAAAAAAACUAUUUCCAAUGAAAAUGAAUUAUCGAAAAAACUAUCACAUGAAAUGAUUUCAUCGAUAAUGAAAAAUGAUAAUUUGACAGUUGUUACUACUACUUUUACUACUACUAAUACUACUACUACUACUACUGCUACUACUGCUUUCACUACUACUUCUACUAAUGUUACUAACAAUAAUGAUAAAAAUAGUGAUAUUAAUAGUAAUAAUAAUAAUAAUAAUAAUAAUAAUAAUGGUAAGAUUCAAGGAUUUGACAGAAUAUAUGAAGAAUUUAAAGAAAAUCAAAAAGGAUUCAUCUUGAACAAAGUCAAUAAAUCACACAAAGGUAUUAGUUUACCUCUUUGGAAUGAUGAAGCGGUUGAUGAAGAAUUAUUAAUAUUGUCAACUAAUUUUAACAAAAAUCAAUUAUGUUGGACAUUGACACCAAGUCAACCAACAAUGACAUCUUCUUUAGGGUACUAUAAAACAGAUGAAAAUGUCAAACAUUUCAAUGAUAAUGAAAAUAUUCACCAUUACCCUGUUAUGCAUGAAAGGAGUUAUUUAAAGUGUCCUCCUUAUGGUAAGACAAAAGAUAUUCCAGAUCAGUUGACGAAAGAUAAUUUUGUAUUGGAAAACGCUACUAGUACAGUGAUACAACCAUCAAAUUCAUCGAGAAAUUUGUUCUCUACAUUUCAUCCAUUUGUUUCUGAACCUAAUACAAACAAUAUUUGUAAAACAUCAAUACAGAAUUCGACACGAACUCAGUUCUCUAAUUUGUGUGCUCAACCAAUGAAAGGUGUUGAAUAUGAUUUCGUGUCUUCCGAUUUGUCCACACAGGCUUAUACUAAACAUUAUCCAGUUUACAAUGAAAAAUCUUAUAUUACACCAAAUGUUUCAUUUGCAGAGAAUCCACAGAGCCACAUAAUGCCAUUUUCGUUUAUGCCUAAAGAAGUAACAACAAGUAAUGACCCAAUAAAAAGUUAUCAUAAAAACUUUAAUAAAGACGCACUGAACCAGAAACCAUUAUGUACUGGAUGCAUCUCAUCAUUCAAUAAUCAUUCAAAUAACCCUCUAAUCCAAAACUACGCAUCAUCGAACAUUCUUCGAGAUUCGAAUAAUAAGCGUGAAGAAAAUAGACAGUUUUUUACGCCGCAAAUCAGUCAUGAUCAAAACUAUUCAACCUCUAGUUUUUCCAAAAAUCCUAUAGAUCGAAAAUCUUUUAUUAAAGGUUUGAAUGACAAUUCAAACAUGCUUAACCAAAUACAACAAUCUGGAUUAUUAGACAGACAUACUCCUUCACAGAUAAAUAAUUAUUCUUUAAACCAGACAAACAAUCACACGAGUGUGUCUACGUUUAAACCAGUGUCACGUGACUUUUCCUAUACACUAUCAGCAACUCAUAAUGACUUUAAUUAUUCAAUUUCCAUUGCUCCCGAAAAUCCAUCUGAAAGAUGUUUUAUGGAAGAGAAAAAUGACAUUUAUUCAAAAGCAGAUCAGCUUCAGACAAACUUCAACACAUCAUCAUCAUUGUGUAAUCAGCAUAAAAAGUAUAAAGACAAAACAGACAGUUUACCGCCUGUUAUAUUAUUUGAAGAAAAACACAAUUCAAAUGGAAUGACAUUCAAUAGUCAACCGAUAACCUAUCAUCAUGUUAAAAGUCCUGAUUUUAAGCCUAUAGACUAUUCAAAAUUAUUUUCAAAUUCUUAUCAACAAAAUCCUUUUGUAAUGAAUAAACAUGAAGCAAACGAGUCCAAAUUAGCCUCGACAAAUUUUAACUCUCCUUUCAACAACAAACUUAUCAACGAUAAUCCCAAAAAACACGAUGAUUUGGGAAUGAAUACUGUAAAAAAUUCUUAUUUUGAUGAGAAAUUUUCUAACAAACAGUCUAAUCCUGUACAACAGUCAAGUUAUUCGGAAAGUUUAAAAGGAAAAUUAAAUAAUAAUAUUAACAGUUUAUUUCGUCCAUUACAAAGAUCCCCAGCUGUUGUUGGUGUAAGUGAUCUACUGGUAAAAUCAGACGCUGAAUUAAGUAGUAUACUAGAAAAAGUGAAAAAUGAACAUCAAAGUGAUUGUUUUAAACUGGAUUCACAAGGUGUAUCCAAACAGACUAUCAGUAAGGAUGAUUUGAGUUCAGAUAAAAACAUUACAAAUGAAGGGGCACAUAGUAGUUCUUGUCAUGAUGAUAUAUCACCUGCACGUAGGAGAUUUUUCCCACAAUAUUUAAGUCGUGAUGUGAAACUGAAUUAUUCGACAGGGAUUUCUUGUCAAACCAGUGAUGAAAUGGAAGAGAAAAGAAGUUUUUAUGAUUAUGGUUGUGAUGAUGAAGAUGAAGACAAACUGGAUGACGAAGAUGAUGAUGACGAUGAAAAUGGUUAUCUAUAUCAAGAUGAUAUUCAUGUACAGAAUAAAAAGUUUUACAAUGAUCGAAAUUUACCUAAUUCAAAAUAUGUUAAUAAACAUAAUUCUAGUGUAAUACAAAGAAUACGUGAUCUAGAAUUACAGAAUCAAACCACCUAUCGCUGGGAUGAUGACUGUACACAUUCCAUAAAUAAAUAUAAUUCUCAAAGUAAAGACAUUCACAUUCAUCAAACUAAUCAUAGCACUAGUGAUACUACCAAUGAUAAACCAUCAGUAACGAAUAAAGUUAAAACUGACAACAUGAAUAGUGAGAAAGAAAUGUUCAGUAGUUAUGAAUGCGAAGAUAAUGAUGUGCCAUAUAUUGACAGUGAUUCUCUUGUACUUGAAUUUACUCAUCUAAAAGAUUUCCCUCCUAGAAUAGCCGACUUGGAAGAAAUUACAUUGAGUUCAAGAAGAAAUUCAGUGGAUGGUAGUACAUGGUUAGGAUUCUGUCAAAUUGAUAAUCACACGUUUGAUCAAAAUCAAUCAACUAGUGAAUUGAUUCCAAGCAAACUAACCAUAGAACCUGAUAAACAUGGAUAUGCACCGAUAAGACGAAGACGAGAUUAUCAUAGUUAUGAUAGUUCUACACAAUGCAGAAAUAAACGGCGACAAAAAAUGUGGUUUCAAAAAUUAUGCGGUUGUGUUCAAGCAUCUAGAUCUCAUUGAAAUCUACAUAUGAUUUGUUUAUUCUGAAAUAUUUUUUCUCUUUUGUCUUUCUACAUGAAUUUAUAUGAAUGAAGUAAAAAUGAAUUGUCACAGACUGACUUUAAAUAUGAAAAAAAAUUAUCAUUUUUUUUACUUCUUGUAACUUUCAUUUUUAU